AUGUAUGAUAAACUAACCAUGUUGAAUCUACAAAGUGGAUCAAACUGGACUGGGCCAAACAACUGGUACCAUCAGCCAAAUGCAGUGCCACAACAACAUAGCACAGAAGGAUGUGUGGUGGAUGUGGAUGGUGGGAUGGGUGGAGGAGUGGGAGUUCAGGGAGAGAGGGAUGAGGGGGACGAGUCUCAGCUCCGGCUGCAGCUGAAGAGGAAGCUGCAGAGAAACAGAACCAGUUUCACUCAGGAACAGAUUGAGGCCCUGGAGAAAGAAUUUGAGAGGACCCAUUACCCAGAUGUCUUUGCAAGAGAGAGACUGGCAGCCAAGAUUGAUCUUCCAGAGGCACGGAUUCAGGUGUGGUUCUCCAAUCGGAGAGCUAAAUGGAGGAGGGAGGAAAAGCUGCGUAACCAGAGAAGGUCUGGGGGUGGGACAUCCUGUUCCCAGGCACAUGCCCCCCUGAGCACUUCCUUCAACCCAGCUGUCUAUCACCAUCAACAUGGCAACAGCUCAGGUUCCCUGCUUAAUCGUAAUGACUCUUCCCUCCCUAGUUACAGCUCUCUAUCCGUCUUCUCUGGGGUCCAGUCUGUGCCCCCUCAGUCUGCCUCUUCUUACUCCUGCAUGCUCCCGUCUUCACCCUCUGCCCCUCGCAACUUUGACUCAUCCCCUUACCCCUCCCCUCACUUGCCUCCACCUCCCUCAGCCAACUCUAACACAGGUCUCAUCUCCCCAGGAGUUUCAGUACCAGUGCAGGUUCCUGGCAGUGAACAGAACAUGGGUCAGAAUAUGGGUCAAUACUGGGCCCGACUGCAGUGA